AUGGCUGAGGACGAAGUGCUUUUUGACGAUGUGUACGAGUUGUGCGAGAUCAUUGGCAAGGGACCAUUCAGCCUGGUUCGCCGCUGUGUACACCGACAAACUGGCCAGCAGUUUGCUGUCAAAAUUGUGGAUGUGGCUCGUUUCACUGCUAGUCCUGGCCUUAGUACUGCAGAUUUAAAACGUGAAGCGACAAUAUGCCACAUGUUAAAGCAUCCCCAUAUUGUGGAGUUGUUAGAGACGUACAGCUCCGAGGGCAUGCUUUACAUGGUGUUUGAAUACAUGGAUGGUUCAGAUCUCUGCUUUGAAGUGGUUCGUAGAGCAACUGCUGGAUUUGUCUACAGCGAAGCUGUAGCGUGCCACUACAUGCGUCAAAUCUUGGAAGCAUUACGCUACUGCCACGAGAAUGAUAUCGUUCACCGUGACGUUCGGCCCCACUGCGUGUUGCUGGCCGGUCGCGACAACUGCGCUCCAGUGAAGCUGGGUGGCUUCGGAGUGGCUGCACAGUUGCCUACACCCACGGCACAUCACGCACCACCCGAGUUGGUGAUGGACACGCGACCGCUAAUGGGUCCAAUGGGCCAAGCCUAUCUCAAAUCAGACGAGUUUGGACGCAUUGGAACACCUCACUAUAUGGCUCCGGAAGUUGUCUCCAGCCAGUUGUAUGGCAAACCGGUGGACGUGUGGGCAGCAGGAAUACUGCUGCACGUACUUUUGGUGGGAUAUCUGCCAUUCACUGGUACUCGCGAACGGCUCUUCGAAGCUAUCUGUCGUGGUAGAUUGAGGUUCGACGCACCUAUGUGGGAUGAUAUCAGCGAUGCUGCCAAAGACUUAGUUCAGCGUAUGCUGACCGUGGACCACACUCAGAGGAUUAACAUACAAGAGGUUCUUAAUCAUCGUUGGAUAAGGGACCGCGAGAAGCAAAACCGCAUCCACUUGGCAGCGACGGUGGAGGAGCUGAAGAAGUUUAACAGCCGGCGUCGGCUCCGCGCCGCCACGCUGGGCGCCGCGGCCGCCGACGACGACGACGACGACGAGCAGCCCGCGCGCCGACAGGUGCUGCUGGAGGAGGCCAACGCCGCAGCUGUCAACUUGGUAGUGGAGUCGUUGGAUGAUGUGGCAGUACUCCAAGACGGACCGAUGUUCAUGGACCCUGAUCUUUUUCACAGUGUACUUGACGACUUGCAAUUAAGAGCUCUUUUAGAGAUCUACGACCGCAUCGCGUGCACGGUGGUGGUGACGAUGGGGCGCGCGCCGGCGGCCGAGGGGCGCGCGCGCUGCCGCCAGGCGCUCGACGCCGCCACGCGCCUGCGCCACGCCGCGCCACCGCCCCCCGCCGCGCCCCCCGCCGCCACCGCCGCCACCGCCGCCACCGCCGCCCUGCACGAGAUACGCAGGCUGCUCGCGCUGCCGCACGUUAAGGUACGUCUGCAUACACGAUACAUGUAG